CAGGUGAGAUGGCCAAGCAAAACACAGCUGUAAACUCCCUCCUCUUCACUCCCAAUCCGCCCUAAACGCCAAAAAGCUCUCAGCUUUUUGCCCCCCCUCUCCUCCUCCUCCCCACCUCGAGAUCCCCAUCCAUGGCGCCCUCGCCCUCCCCAACAUCCCGCCCCCGGAUCUGAGCCGCUGCGGCGGGCACAACACAGCGCGUGCGUGGGUGGCAAGACGGGUUCUUUGCCUUUGCAACUUUGCAAGAUUUGGGCUUUUGGUUUCUUGGUGGUUGUGGAUUUUUUUUUUUUGAGAGGGAUGGGUGUUUGAUUGGAGUGGGUUGGGAGCCAUGUGGAAGCAGUUUCUCGGCAAGAUCUCGUGGAAGGCGCCGAAAUCCGGCGGCGGCGGCGGCGGCUCGCCGACGGCCAAGUCGCCGCUGUCGAAGGGCGCCGGGAAUGGGGAGCCUCCCGCGCCGCCCGCGGCCGCCGCAGGAGGAGGAGGAGGAGCGGAGGGGGAGACCAGGGAGGACGUGUUCCUCCGGAAGCUGAACGUCUGCUGCGUCGUGUUCGACUUCUCCUCCGCCGCCGCCGCUGCCGCCGCAGAGCGCGGGAGGGACUCGCCGGAGAGGGAGAGGAAGCGGCAGGUGCUCGUGUCCCUCGUCGACUGCGUCGGCGCCGCCGAGGAGCCCCUCACCGAGGCGAUGAUCUCCGGCUGCGUCCGCAUGUUCGCCAUCAACCUCUUCAGGGUGUUCCCGCCCAAGGUCCGGUCCGGCGCCGCCGGGGCGGCGGAGGCCGACGAAGACGAGCCCUUCUUCGAUCCCUCAUGGUACCACCUGCAGGCCGUUUAUGAGCUGCUCCUCCGCUUCGUCAUGUCCCCGGUCGUCGACGUCAAGAUUGCUCGCAAGUACAUGGACAAUUCUUUUGUGUCUAGGUUGCUCGACUUGUUCGAUUCCGAUGAUCCGAGAGAAAGGGAAUGCUUGAAGACAGUCUUGCAUAGGAUAUACGGCAAAUUCAUGGGCAACCGGCCUUUCAUCCGCAAGGCGGUGAGCAAUAUCUUCUAUAGGUUCGUGUUCGAGACCGAUCGCCACAAUGGGAUUGCUGAGCUGUUGGAGGUGUUUGGGAGUGUGAUUAGUGGGUUCGCGAAGCCAUUGAAGGAGGAGCAUAAGUUGUUCCUGUGGAAGGCGUUAGUUCCUCUUCACAAACCGAAAACGGUGGGCGUGUAUCUCCCGCAAUUGACGUAUUGUAUUAUACAAUUCAUCGAGAAGGAACCAAAGCUCGCGGGGACUGUAAUCAGAGGCCUACUGAAGUACUGGCCAGUGACGAACAGUCAGAAGGAGAUGAUGUUCCUUGGGGAGUUGGAGGAGGUGCUGGAAUUGACAGAAAUGGCUGAGUUCCAGAAGUGCAUGGUUCCGCUGUUUCGAAGGAUUGCACACUGUCUAAAUAGCUCACACUUUCAGGUUGCUGAGAGGGCACUAUUCCUGUGGAACAAUGAGCACUUGUUUGAUUUGAUCUCCCAAAAUCGCCAAACUAUUAUGCCGAUCAUAUAUCCAGCGCUGGAAAGGAACACUCGUUGGCACUGGAACCAAUCAGUUCUAAAUGUAACAAUGAACGUCCGGAAAAUGUUCCUUGAAAUGGAUGAGGGACUGUUGUUAACUUGUCAGAGGAAUUUCCAAGAGGAGGAAGAAAAGCGAGCUGCAUCUGAGGAGCGGAGAAAGCUUAUAUGGGAGAACCUAGAGAGAAACGCGUCAUUCCGUCCAGUCACCGGAGACAUUGGUUUCUCUGUUCUUCCUGCAUCUGCUCCCUUGGUAGCACCCACCAUGACAUAAUAUGACAUGCGUUCGGAAUUUCGAAUGUACUUCGGUUCAUUUCAUUGUUAGCUUGUAUGGGUUAUGUGCAGGGCAUUUUGUUAUAUUUGUAAGCCCCUUGUGCUCAAGUCUGUAAUUAAUAGUUAUUGGUUUGAGGAUGAACUUGUGAUUCUUUAAUGGUGUACUCUCUAGUGAUGGACAUUUCUCUGUUUGAGAAGAUAAUGUCCAAUUAAACCCGACUGCUCUGUGAACAACUGAGGAUACUGAGAUUGAUUUUCUUGGAAAAUUUCCAGGUGUACCUGUUUUUUAUGCGAA